UUGUAAUUUCUUUUCCUGAAAAAGAAAAGAAAAGAAAAACUCCAACCCCACUAAUGAGGACAUGCGAGUCAUAAUUUUGAAAAACUGAGGGCAUAUUCUUCUAUAAAAAUACCUACCCAUUAACGACCGUGUUAUCUGUUUCUAUAAACGCAUAGUAUAACGGAAAAAUUUUAUUCAAAGCAAAAAUUUGGUCAGUCAUCAAUGGCAGAGCUAGAAAGCCCAAAUUUGAUGCCUAAGCUUAUCACGUUUCUAUCUUCUUUGCUCCAAAGGGUAGCUGAAUCCAACGAUCUCAACCUUCAAAUUCAUACCCAGAAAAUCUCAGUCUUUCAUGGACUAACUAGACCCACCAUCUCAAUUCAAAACUAUCUAGAGAGAAUUUUCAAGUAUGCAAAUUGUAGUCCAUCUUGUUUCAUUGUCGCAUAUGUUUAUCUUGACAGGUUUGCUCAAAGGCAACCCUCUUUGCCUCUCAAUUCUUUCAAUGUUCAUCGUUUGCUUAUUACAAGCGUCAUGGUCGCUGCCAAGUUCAUGGAUGACAUGUAUUACAACAAUGCUUAUUACGCAAAAGUUGGAGGAAUUAGUACAAUAGAGAUGAACUAUCUUGAAGUGGAUUUUCUAUUUGGAUUGGGAUUCCACCUAAAUGUGACACCAAACACAUUCCACACUUAUUCUUCAUACCUCCAAAGGGAGAUGAUGCUGCAACCUCCUCUAAGCUUAGUUGAAUCUUCUUCGUUAAACUUAGGGAGAUCAUUAAAGGUCCAUUUAUGUUUCAAUGAAGAUGAGACAUCCCAUCAAAAGCAACAACUUGCUGUUUAAUCAACCAUUUUAAUUAGAAGCUCUAAAUGUAGUUAGUUGUAGAAGAUAGUGACUGUCCUUCAGUCUUUUUUUCUUUUCCUUUCUUAUUUUGGGAUUGGCAGAUGCUGUGUACUAAAACCAACUUGGUUUUUUUGGCUUUUCCCUAUUCUUUUCUCCUUUCAUUUUCUUGGGUCUUUCUUGUCUGGGUUUGGAUUAUUUAAACUAUUUGGUAAUGUACAGAUGGGAUCAUCUCCUUUACAGUCUGGAUAUCUAAAUCUCUCUCUUAUGUCAUUAACCAACUAAAAACUAGGGGUUGACACAGUUUUCUUUCAUUAUCUCUUUCUUGAAUA